AAGCGAAUUUUACUUAAAAAAUGAUACUGGUGUUAGCAUAUAAGGUACAUUGUUGUGAGAACUGGGUAAAUGAGUUUGAAGUUAACACUGAGAAGGAAUUAGAGUGAAUGCAACAACCUCGAAGCUAGUUCAAACUAGUGGGAGGUUGUCUGCCUAGCAGAUAUUUGAAAGUGUGGAGAAAUAUUGAGAGUGAGAUCAACCAAAGUUAUUAGUAUUGGAAGAUUAAUCAUGGUUCGUGGGAAGAUUCAGAUGAAGCGGAUUGAGAAUCCAGUGCAUCGCCAAGUGACUUUCUGCAAGCGUCGAGCAGGGCUUCUGAAGAAGGCCAAGGAGCUCUCUGUGCUGUGUGAUGCUGAAAUCGGUGUCUUUAUUUUUUCAGCCCAUGGCAAGCUCUAUGACCUUGCCACAAAAGGAACCAUGCAAGGUCUUGUGAACAAGUACUUGAAAUCUACCCGGGGAGCUGAUCCUGAUGUCGAGGAUUGCCAAGCCACUGAAAAACAAGUUCAGGACACCAAAAUGGAGAUUGAUGUGCUGAAAACUGAAAUCGACUUGCUCCAAAAGGGUCUCGGGUAUAUGUCUGGAGGGGGAACAGGAAAAAUGACUAUGGAUGAACUGCAUAUGCUUGAAAAGAAUCUUCAAGUAUGGAUAGAUCAUAUUCGCUCAGUUAAGAUGGAUAUCAUGUUUCAGGAAAUCCAGCUGCUGAAGAAUAAGGAGGAAAUACUUAGAGCUGCAAAUCAUUAUCUGAGUGACAAGAUGAGCAACCAGUAUGGAUUUAUUAACAUCGACACUCCAGUGAUGGAUAAUAUAGCUUAUCCGCUCACUAUACAGAACGAAAUAUACCAGUUCUGACAUGCGGCUUAUGCAGCUAGUGUGUAAUAUCUAUGUGAUUGUGUGAAAUAAAAUCAAACCAUUUAUCAUCUUGUCCAUGGUUGCUUCUGAUUAUUCAAGAUUCAAGGCUUGUAAACCUAUUUGAACCGUAUUUCAGUAUUUCUGUAAUAUAGAAAUCCAAUGAGUUGGAUCUAAAUAGACUCAUACUUAUUAUUCUACUUCA